CUCAUGUUCAUCCCAGACACACUGAGAAGCUGCAUGGUGGAACCAGAUGUCUCGACUUACCUGCAGGCUCCUUCCGUCGGACAGAGUUUUUCCCGACCGCCGGUUCUGUCGGCAAGAAUUACGUUACGUCGAGAUGUUUCGUCGGUUGUGACUCGUGGACCUUUUCGAAUGAGUUCGCGCCACGCAAUAUUGCGCGAGUAAGUACAGAAGAGGAAGAGGAGGAGAAGGUGAAGGAGGUGGAGGAAGAGAAGGAGGUGGAGACGGUGGUGGCGGAAGAGAAGAAGGCGGAGUUGACGGACUCUAAUUUGAGUUCGCGAAUCGCUCGUACCUGACAAUGGAUGAGUUCCAUCCAUUUAUUGAGGCUCUCCUACCGUUCGUGAAGUCUUUUUCGUACACAUGGUUCAACCUACAAGCUGCCAAGAGACGAUACUAUAAGAAACAUGAAAAGCGGAUGAGCUUGGAAGAGGAACGCCAGUGUAAGGAGGAACUCCAGAACGAGAAGCUGGAAGUAAAACAGAAAUGGGCCUCGCGGCUUCUUGGCAAGUUACGGAAGGAUAUCACGCAAGAAUACCGGGAGGACUUUGUACUGAGUAUUACGGGAAAGAGACCAGCAAUGUGCGUUCUGAGCAAUCCUGAUCAGAAGGGCAAAAUGCGUCGGAUCGAUUGCCUUCGUCAGGCGGACAAGGUAUGGAGGUUGGACCUAGUUAUGGUGAUCCUUUUCAAGGCGAUUCCGUUGGAAUCGACGGACGGGGAACGACUGGAGAAGACUGCGGAAUGCGCGCAGCCCGGACUCUGCGUCAAUCCUUAUCACAUCAACGUCUCCGUCCGAGAAUUGGAUCUUUAUCUCGCCAAUUUUAUCACGAGUCACGAAGUUCUGAAUGGCAUCUGUAACGCUAGCAAGGAGGAGGACAGGCGUCGAAAAGGUACAGGAUACCACGAACUAUAUAACGGUGUUGUCUGCAAUGACACGAUCCUCGCGACAGGUGUCUUCAGCUCCAAAGAGCUCUGGAUGCUUUCAAAAGCGUCCAUACUGCAUGACCUCAGCGACAUGCAGCCUCAAAUAAACGCGAUCAAAAUAGAGCACCCGCCGUACUACUGCAGCAGCUACACCCCUCCAUCCGCAGCCACGACCGCGGAUCACGUUCAGCCGGCGGCUAGCUUUAGCCCACCACCGGUUCAUCAAUUAAUAAGGAACGAUAAGACUGACAAGCCGCCGACAGUCUCGGUUUCGAGCGCGCCGACGUUCUCGUCGGUUCUUAGGCCAGAGGAUGGGCAUCGUGGAAUAGAAUCACCGCAUUCGCAAACGGGAUUGCAUUCGCCUCACGAAGGACUAACCGGUGGCUCCGGUCAAAGCAUGUCUGGGCUCGCUUACUAUCAGCCGGAGCACCCCGGGUCAACGGGGGUGGUAAAGUACCCCGAGAACGGACACGACACUCUUUCGGAUUUUGUGACGUUUGUUUGCCAAGAAGCCGAGAACACCCAACAACUAUCUCAGGUAGCGCAGCUAACUGGACCACGCACCGGUAUACAAAAGUUCCCGCAAUAUUAUCCGAGUUCAAUGUUACCGCCGCCACCACCCGCUCCCAUGGCCAGACCGGUGGCGAUAAUAAGAUCGACGGGUGAGCUAGCAGCGACAACCGCCAGCUCGCCGCCAACAUCUUCCACGUCGCCUACGGAUCCGGCCGACUUAGGCCCUAAUCAGGAACAGAUGACCGCCGCGGCGGUCGGCCUCGUUGGUUCCGCUUGCCAGAAUUCUGUCGAGUCCGCUGGACGGAAGAGUCCCGCCAGAAUCCUCGUUACGCCACACACCAGCAGGGAAUACACGUUUGCUCAUUUUCAUUCGCAACCGGGACAGCAAAUCUUCACGUAUCCGACCAUCAGCUCGAUGUCCGGAGUAAUUUCGCCAACUAAUCUGUCUCUAUUCUCGUCUCCUGUCUCGGUUACGAGACCGGUGGCCACUCAAAGAUCGGUCUCUAAUGUCCCACCGCGUUGGAAUACCGCACCGUUCAUCAAUUUGGAAGACGACUACAACAUGAUCGCGCCGAUCAUCGCUGGAACCACCAGUGAGCCACCAACUGCCAUGGAGGAAGAACGAUAUUUUCAUCCUGUGCAUACGAGCGGAGUAGUUGACAAAAAUGGCAGUGGUAAUCUAAUAAGCAACGAACUCGGAGUGAACACAGAUCCCUCGUCACAUCAUCAUCAACAGCAGCAGUCACACCAACAAUCCCAUCAACAACAACAGCAGCAGCAACAGCAACAACAACAGCAAGCCCAACAGCAAUCAUCGCAACAGCAGCAGCAAGUGAUGGCAGACAAAUCCGGCGGCCCUAAAUCCCCUCCGUGACAAUGGAGUCUGAGAACGGAAAGUCUCGAGAGAAUCGCGAACUCGCCGUGUUUGUCAGGAUCGGGAAUACUUAGUGUUGCGUAUAAUAAUUAUUCCGAAGUCGCGGCCGAGGCUGAAUUCGAGAGUAAUCAGGCAGUUACGUCUCGUAUUCAAUUACGUGAUUUAAACUUGCGAAGAAUAGAGUAUCUAAGAGUUCGAUCUUAAUUUACCAUAUUACGGGGCACGCAGAAGAAUAAGAGCGCUUUCCCAGAAAUGUAAUCGAGGAAAGAGGAAGUCCGUUGAUUCGUAUUUAUCGGAAUGGAUUGGAUAUUAUAUAUAAAGUUUCAUAUUGCGACAAAAAAAAACCUAACUAAGUAUAUAGUUCUUUUAUAGCGUAGUUUACCGCGAUAGAGUUUGCGACGCUUGGAAUAGCCAUAAGAUAACGUCGCCGUGCAUGCCUUAUCCUGCUCGAGAACGGAGAAUUGUCUACACGCGGUGUCGUGCAACAAAGACGGAAGAAGCGUUGUUCAAGACAUAAUGUAACGUAUUUAGAUAAAGCGACAUAUAUAAUUUCAAAGUUGAUACGAACAGUCGGACGCGAUGUGAUUAAUGUGCAAUACUUAUCGUUUGGUCUAUUAUGAACUGUGCAAAUCGCGUUGGUAUUGGUCGAUACACGGUCCACGAUCUACGGAUAAUGGCCUGAAUCAUUUUUCUUCUGCCUGUUUGACUCCCUCUCUCAUAUUUCUCUCUCUCUCUCUCUCUCUCUCUCUCUC